AUGCCUGCAGCCGACACAGAGACUGAUUACCCUCUGGCGGAAACUUCUGCUCCACAACCAGUUAGGGAAACUUCAACCCAGCGCGAAUCAUGGCGAAGUUCAGCUGAGCGCCCAGCUGCACCAAACCCUGCAUCUGCACCCGCACCCCUCUCGAAACACGCAACACACCUCUACACCGUCUCCUACCUAAUUUUCUUUUCAUUUCUCGGCACUCUCGCCCGCCUGGGUCUCCAAGCUUUAACAUUCUACACAGGCGCGCCCGUCGUGACAGGGGUACUAUGGGCGAACGUCACCGGAAGCCUAGUAAUGGGCUUCCUCAGCGAAGACAAGAAUCUCUUCCGCGAAGAGUGGGGCGAGCCCAAGGCCGAAGCGGAUACAGACGCAGCGGCCCAGAACAAGAACCACAAGGCCGUCAAGAAGACUAUUCCAUUGUAUAUUGGUCUCACGACUGGUUUCUGCGGCUGCUGCACGUCCUUCUCGUCGUUUAUUCGCGAUGUCUUUCUCGCGUUGGCGAAUGCACUCCCUGAUCCCUCGCUGCCGUCCGGUGCGGAUAUCGCCUCCCGGAAUGGCGGUUAUAGCUUUAUGGCGCUCGUCGCUGUCAUCCUGCUGACCGUGUCGCUGAGUCUGUCGGCUCUGGUCUUCGGCGCGCAUCUUGCUCUUGCAUUGACGCAAUGUACCCCUACGGUACCUUUUGCGUUUACGCGACGGGUUCUCGAUCGCAUUGUGGUUGUGUUGGCUUGGGGAUGUUGGCUCGGUGCCGUGUUCCUUGCCAUUUGGCCGCCGGACCGACACGAUGGCCCAGAUGUUUGGCGUGGACGGGCGGUGUUUGCGCUGGUGUUUGCGCCGCUCGGUUGUCUUCUUCGAUUCUAUGUGUCGCUCUACUUGAACAGCCGCAUUCCAGCAUUCCCACUAGGCACGUUUGCGGUCAAUAUCUUUGGAACCAUCAUUGAGGGUGUGUGCUAUGAUCUGCAGCAUGUCAGUGGUCUCGGGGCUGUAAUUCCUGCUGCUCUAACGGGCUGCCAGGUGCUGCAGGGUGUCAUGGACGGAUUCUGCGGGAGUGCAACUACCAUCAGUACAUGGGUUUCUGAGUUGAAUGGGUUGUCACGUCGGCGCCAUGCAUAUGUGUAUGGUGUCACGAGUGUGGUUGUUGCGCUUGGAUUUUUGAUUGUCAUAAUGGGCUCGUUGCUGUGGACGCAUGGAUUUGCCGAGGCUGUGUGUGAGUAG